UCUCUAGCAACUACUAGAACCAUCCAGUUAAAGAGAAGAACUCUGAAAAUAAACAAAGCACUUUUCCUAUAAUACUUUCGUUCGCCAAGACCCUUCUUUUCCCACUAUCCAUCCUCGUUAACGGACGCGUAGUGAAACGGAACUGAAAGAGGAAACCUAGUUGCUGAAAUGCCAGAUGAUGACAUGGAUAUCAGCACCCAAACUGCUGAUAUGAUGGAGGCGGAUCAGGCGCCGCCGCCGCCGCAAGUUGAGGCGCUGGUUCCUGUUCCCAAUCAACCCAACGAUAAAUGGAAAACUUUGCUAACCAGCGUUCGUAAACUUAUCGAUCAGGGCAAGCCUUCGCAUGCUCUCCAAGCGUUGGUGAUGACAAUGAGAGAACACGGAGGUGAAGGAGCUGUUGCUCAAAUGCUAAAACGUGCACAUGAAAUUUACCAUGACAAGAUCCAGGCAAAUGCUGUUGCAGAUGAAUUGGCCUCGUUAUUUGCUGAAUGUGCGAUUGCUGAAAACAUGAUGCCUUCGAUGAUUGAGUCUCCUAAUGUGGUAGGUCAUUAUACAGAACCAGAUGAGCAUGGAACGUCUAUAUUGGACCAAAUGGGAAAAAAACAAAUUGUGAUGGAUGCUUUCGCGGAUGGAAGUAGCUUUGUUUGCUUUAAAUGUGGCGGUUUGGUUAGUAUUCUUCGGAAAGAUGAGCAUGAUGCAUACUGGUGCUGUAGAGCUGUGUAAGAAAAACUGUUUGUUUUCUUAAUAAUAAGAAUUUUCGUCUUUAGUUGUAUUUUUGCAUGAUGAUGAGUCAGUCACGUUUUAGAAGGGUUUUCUAUAUAGGUUUGUUCUUUUGUAAACUGUGUAUUAGAGAGAACCUUUCAAGUUACAAUGGAUUCUCUGAAACAUGUUGUUCUCU